AUGGAGAACGUGACGUGCCUGCCCGUGCCGCAGGACCGGCUGAACGCGCUGCUGGACCAGACGUUCGCGCGGCAGAUGUUCCCAGUGAUCGUGUACCUGCUGGUGCUGUGCCCGGUGGGCGCGCUGGGGAACCUCCUGGUGCUGAUCGUGAACGGCGCCAGGAGCAACAAGUCCUCCUCCACCUGCUUCAUCCUGGCGCUGGCAGGGGCCGACUUCCUCAUCUCAGCUGUGGUCGUGCCCAUGAAGGUCUUCUCCUACUACCACAUCACUUAUACCAGUGACGCCUGGUGCAAGAUCAACCCGUACCUGACCACAGCCAGCGUCCUCUCCUCCACCUUCCUGCUCAUCGCCAUCGCCGUGGACAGGUUCUACGCCGUCUACUGGCCCGUACAGUACCUUUCACUCAAGAAGGGCAGAGUUCUGGCCGCCAUUGCGGGUACGCUGUUGCUAGGCGGUGUCGUUGCUAUCCCGGUGGUGUUGGAUUACCAGGUAGUUGGCGGGAUCCGGGUAGGACCGGCAUGCACCACGGUGAGCCAGUGUUACGUCACGGACAGCACCCAGGUCACCGUGCUGUUCAUCGUCACAGCAGUGCUGUUCUUCCUGUCCGUGCUGGUUAUGGCGGUUCUAUACGCCCUGGUGUACUACAGAGUUUCGCAGCUGGAGGCAGGUAUCCCGAGACAGUCCGCCGUGGGACCGUCGCACCGCAGCGGGUGGGCCGGGCGCAGCGCUCGGGGCCACCGGCAGGAUCCCCCCGCCACCAGCACCUCGGACAUCGCGCUGAGGGACGUGCGGCCCGAGGAGGACCGGACACCCAUACCGUGCGCCUGCCUGAAGAACCGGCCAGAUAGCCCGCACGAACAGGUGCAGGCACAGCCGCCGUCCUCCGCUACAAGCCGGUCUCCUCCAGCUCCGGCACCUUCCUCUCCGGCAUCGCAGCCUCCAUCCUCCUCCCAACAUCCGCACUCCGCCUCCUCAGCAACCCGCCGGCACUACCGCGUGGCCAAGCUGCUGCUGCUCGUCACGCUGGUGUUCGUGCUGUCCUGGCUGCCCUUCUGGGUCCUCAGCCUCUUAGAAGUGGCGAACCCGAGAUAUUUGGCGGGAAAACCCACCGCACUGGUCCAAGCCGUGGCGCUCAUCAACGACCUGUACUUCGUCAACAACGCGGCGAACCCCAUCAUCUACACGUUCGUGCAGAAAUCAUUCCGGCAGAGGGUCGUGAAACUGUUUCUGUGUGGGAGGUGCCGGCGGUAG